GACUUUUCGCUCGUCACGGAACGUUUUGUGUUAUAGGAAAUUUCUGUAAUUAAUUAAAUUAUCAGCCUCUAUCCGAAAUGUGUUCUUCUAAACUUUGUUAUCUAUAUAAUUCUUCUAUUUCUACAACUAUAUAUCCUUUAUCUAAAGUUUAGAAAUGUUUAUUUACGAUACAACUGUGCUUUAAAUAAUUGGAAUUUGUAUUUACCUAUAUCCUUAGUAACAAAGUCUGUAUUUAUCGCAAUGGACAAAGGUGUGACGUGUGAACAUUUAAAUAAACUUGUGGAUUUCCUUGGAAAAGAGCUAUGGCAGUCGAAAGAGAGUCUGAACUGUUUCGACUGUGGAUGUCCCGGCCCCAAUCUCUGGAUUUGUUUGCAACCUGAUUGUCACCAUAUAGGCUGUUCUGAAGUUAAAAAUGAUCACAGCACAAUACACCAAAAGAACUUUCCAUCUCAUUGUGUUCACAUGAAUGUUACAACUGAGAGGAUAUGGUGUUACUUGUGUGAGAAAGAGGUUCACAUCAGAACAGCCAUCGCAAAGGCAAAGAUGAAGCCAGACUCCACGACUGUGGAGGAGAUGCUGGUGUCACGUACGGGGUCUGUGGGGAUCAGCGUCAACUCGGACGAGGACCUCGACCCUGAUGACAUGGAAUACGAGGACCAGAGACCCAGAGUGGUUGCAGGUCUAGUUGGUCUGCAGAACAUGGGCAACACCUGCUACAUGAAUGCGGCGCUGCAGGCCCUCAGCAACACGCAGCCGCUGACGUCAUACUUCCUGGAGUGUUCCGCAGCUGUGGCCUUGCUGGUGGGCGACAAGAAACCAGGGAUUAGUCGAGCAUACCAAAAAUUAAUUAGAGAAAUGUGGAGUAGGAAAACUAGAGGCUAUGUUGUACCAAAUGGUAUUCUGUAUGGGAUAAGGAAUGUACAUCCGAUGUUCCGUGGGUACCAGCAACAUGAUACACAGGAAUUCCUGCGCUGUUUCAUGGACCAGUUACACGAGGAACUCAAAGAACCGGUGUGGGAUAGCGUGUCUGAUGAUAAACUGGCGUCAGAGGUCGAAGGUGACCAAGAGACGAGGAACAUUCACACAAGAAGACGGGCAGCUUCAUCAGGAGCGAACGAUGCUGCCUAUUUCUCACGGUUAAGGCACUCACCGGCAGCGUCCGGUUACACUGACAGGAAUGACAGCUAUUUAAGGGUACAACCUCAGUCUGAGCACGUCUCCAAACACCGGCGGUCAGCGAGCUUCGCUGGAACACAUCUAGCUUAUAAUAUACAUCAAACUAACGGUCCGACGGAUUCAAGGGACGUGGGUUCCGAGUCGGAGUUGUCCAGCGAGGCGGAGGAGAGGUACGAGACGUGCUCCAGCGGCGCCAGUGAAGCACCCGACGCUCAUGAGAACACUUCCCCAUCCUGGAGUGGUGGUGGAGGUGACGGCGGAGGUGGUGCGAGGUACCGCAGCAUCAUCUCGGACGUGUUCGAUGGGAAGCUGCUGUCGUCAGUACAGUGUCUCAUCUGUGAUAGGGUGUCGACCCGUGUUGAGACAUUCCAGGACCUUUCAUUGCCCAUUCCAUCCCGGGAACACCUCGCCAUGUUACAUCACACACCGCACACCGAUCAGGACUCGUGGCUGUGGUGGUUGUUUUCGUGGUUCCGCUCGUGGCUGUACGGCCCGGCCGUGUCGCUGCAGGACUGCCUGGCGGCUUUCUUCAGCGCGGACGAACUCAAAGGCGACAACAUGUAUAGUUGUUCGAGAUGCAACAAACUCCGUAACGGUGUGAAGAUGUCGGGCGUGAUCAGGCUCCCGGAGGUGCUGUGUGUACAUCUGAAGCGGUUCCGUCACGAGCUCAUGUUCAGUGCCAAAGUGGCGGCGAGAGUGUCGUUUCCGAUCAACGAUUUAAAUAUGGCCCCUUAUUGUCAUAAAGAGUGCACGUCAUCCGUGUCCCGCUACUCUCUCUGUGCUGUUAUAUGUCACGCGGGCACGGCGGGCGGUGGUCACUACACGUGCGUCGCCCGCGUCGACGACAGGUGGUACUCGUUCGACGACGCGGCCGUGACGCCGCUCACCACCCACCACCUAGCAUCCUGCGAGGCCUACGUACUGUUCUACAGAAAAAUAAAUCCCCAAAUGGCAACCCUGAGACAAAAGGCGGCCGAAAUAUUAGAAUCGUCCAACUCGGAACCGAACGACAUUAAGUUUUACAUCUCCAAGCAGUGGAUUAAUAAAUUCAACACGUGGGCGGAGCCUGGGCCCAUAGACAAUAGUGACUUCGUGUGCGUCCACGGCGGGGUUCGUCCUGAGCGGGCGCCUCAUCUGCCAGCCCUGGCUGCCCGUCUCCCGCAACCACUAUGGGACUUCCUCUACCAUCAAUUCGGCGGUGGACCGGCGGUGUCUCACGCCCACGAGUGCGGAGUGUGUGCGCGAGCUCAGCAUAGACUCAGGGCGAGGAGAGCCAGGGAACUCACAGCCUUCGCUGAACUACACGCCAUGUUCCAGGACCAGGAGCGCCCUCUAGCGGUGUUCGCUAUCAGUAUGGCGUGGUUCAGACAGUGGCAGGCGUUCGUCCGGGACAAGGCGAGACAUCCGCCGCCACCCGUCGACAACACGUCCAUCGUUGUUAAACAGGAAAUCGAGGGGAUCGUGUCAUAUGUACUGAAGCCGGGUUCGGAUCACGCGCAGCUCAGCGAGGAGUUGUGGAGGUUCUUCACCGAUAUAUACGGCGGAGGUCCCGAGGUCCGGCUGUCAGCACCGCCGCCGCCGCGGGUCACACGAUCCUCCAGGAACUACUCCGAAUCGGACAGAGAGGAAUACUGCACUAAAUCCUCGUCCGAGGUCAACCUGUGGCUGCAGAAGAAUCGCUCGCUUCAGAACAUCAGCAGGCGGUACAAGGCGGACUCCGACGAGGAGAUAUACAGGAAGUACAAGCGGCAUCCCACCAGCUACGACUCCGACGACGGCAUGGAGAUCAGCCCGACGCACAGCUACAACACUAUCAGGAUGGAGAACGGCCUGUCGGAGCACGCCGCCCCCGACGACCUGAACCUAGACAGCAUAUCACUAAAGAAUACACCAAAAACAUGUAAAGUUAGAAAGACGAAACGCAGGACGGUCAAGUGACCUCCGCCGCCACAUUCCUCUAACCGCUUGCAUUUAAUCGUCACUAAAUAUUAAUAUUUUUCUAUGUCUGUAUACGCCGCGGUCUAAACGGUUGUGUUAGUACAAUUUUAGUUCAAAUUAAUACACAAAUUGCAGACGUCGGUGUGUGUAUUUACAAUGGGCGUGUGUGGGUGAGCGUUUGUGAGGAUGUGUAAUAUAUUCGCGUUUCCGGCGUGAGCGCGUCCAUCGGUCGGCGUCGUGCCGAGGGUUAGGUAUUUAUUUUGUUAUUCCUGGUUCCCAGUCUACAUGUUGUUUGUUAACGGAUUGAUCAGUAAUAAAAUAUAUUUCAACAAUUGACGGUGUA